GCCUGAGCUGGGCGGGUGGGCGUGCGGCUGCGGCCGUGGUUCCUAUGGAGACGGCAGGAUUCAGGAUGCUCCUGGCGCCAGUUCUGGUCCAGAUGGGCCUGGAGCGGGGGGUGGGGAGGCCACCCGGGGGUCAGCCGCAGCGCCUGGUUGACCCGCAUGGUUCUCUCUGUGCCAGGGCCCCCGUCCCUGUGCCGUGAUGCUGCCCCAGACCCACGGACUGAGCCUUCACACGACCCUGGGCUGCUGUGUCUCCCUUUUUGGGUUGUGAGGAGCCCCCGGGUCUGGGGCUGGGGAGCCUGAGGGGACCCCUGAGGGGACGAAGCUAGGGUGGAAGAAGGGCCUUCUGGGAGGAAGCUCCGAGCGCCGGUGCGAUGCAGCCGGCUCUGGGCGUGGAGGGGCAGGGUGUGCGUGCGCGCCUGGCGCAUGCGCUGCUUUGAGGCAGCGUGAGAAGAAGAAAGAAGGGAGCAGCCUCCGGGAAGGCAGCCUUGAUCUGCAGCCGGGAAUCUGGGUGCGCUUUCACUGAGCGGAGCCGCUUCUUUCUUCGCUGUCGGGUCAGGAGAUGUGCGUCUGCAGGCUGCCAGGGCAGAGAUGCUGCCAGCCUGUGCCCGUGACCGGCUUGCCCUGGUCCUGUGGUUACCCUGGCAGGUGCUUUGCCCCUGCUGACUUCACGGUGUCCAGGCCCUUGGCGUUCCCUCAUUUUCCACCCAACACUUUCCUGAAACUGCUCGUUCCUGCCUCGGGGCCUUUGCACCCGCUGGUCCAGCCAUCUGGAACACCCCUCCUCAUGUCUUGCUCCUUUUUGCCUGCCUAAGUCCGCAGGAAGCCUUUCCCAAUCCCACUCCCCCACUUUACCCACCUAGACACAUAGGGGUCCCCUCAGUCACCGGACUGCUCCCCCAGUCUGGGUGGAGGCUAUGGUGUGAAUGAGUGAAUGGAAUCGGGAGGUGGUUGUGUGCAUCAGCCGUGUUCAGCUGUAGGUUUGUGAGUGUCUCUGGGUCUUGUCUUUGUGUGUCUCCAUGUUCUGGCAUGUGCCUGUCUGGGUGACCGGGUCUGUAUUUAUCAACACAUCGGUAUGUGUUUCUAGAAACUUCUGAGCAUGCAUAUGUGUACCCAUGUAUGUGUGCGUGUGUCUCUGGCUUCCUUGGCGGGUCUGGGAAUGUCCGCGUGUCCAUGUGCAUCCCUGUGUGUGAGUUUCUGUGAGUCCUUUGGUCUUUCCAUGCGUGGUGUUAGCCCCGAGGCACGAGCUGCAGUGCCCUGCGCAUGGGCAGGAUUGCGCAUGCGUUUUAAACCCGGAGUAGGUGCCUGAGUAUGUGAGAGUCUCUGUGCGCGCGCGUGCACACACGACCUCGUGCACACGUGUGUCCCUGGGUGGGGUGUGUGUUCGCUUUCUGUUGCUGCGACGACACGGCUGAGAAAAGCGACCGAAAGGAGCAGAGGUUGAUGUUGGCCCAGGUCGCAGAGGUCCCAGCCGCGGUCGGUGAGCGCAGAGAGGCAGAGAGGACGCGCUGGGGUAGAGCUGCCCACCUCACGGUGGCCCCAAACAGAGAGGCGAAGGCUCGGGGACGAGGGCCCACCCUUCGGCCAGGUCCGCCUCCUGCGGUGGCCAUCAGGUGUCCAUUCAGCCCAUCAGCGGGUGACUCCAGGGGGUGGGCAGAGCCCUCGCGGUCGGUCACUUCCCAAAGCCCGUCCCGGUCCGCGGCUGCACUGGGACCCAGCCUCCACCAGGAGCCUUUGGGGUCAGUCCGCACCACGCAGGGCCGUGUGCAUCGGGCUCCAGUGUGCGUGUCCUGGUGUGUGGGUGCGGGGCCUCUGGUUGUCCACUCCCAGUGUGGCCCAAGGGCACCCAGCCCCCUGCACCCCUUGCAGGACAGCGACGGUCUGGCGGAGCCUGAGCCCCUUCUGGGGCGAGGAGUACACGGUGCACCUGCCCCUGGAUUUCCACCACCUGGCCCUGUACGUGCUGGACGAGGACACCGUCGGGCACGACGACGUCAUCGGCAAGAUCUCCCUGACCAAGGAGGCCAUCGCGGCGGACCCCCGGGGGAUCGACAGCUGGAUCAACCUGAGCCCUGUGCGUCCGGACACCGAGGUGCAAGGCGAGAUCUGCCUGGCGGUGCAGAUGCUGGAGGAUGCGCGGGGUCGUGGUCUUCGCUGCCACGUGCGCCAAGCCAGGUGGAGUUCCCGCCGCAGACCCUGCAGCAGAAGCCGCCCAAUGGCUGGUUCCGCCUCCUACCCUUUCCUGGAACCGAGGAGGAUUCUGGGGGCAGCCUGGGUGCCCUGCGACUGAAGGUCCGUCUCACGGAGGACCGGGUGCUGCCCUCUCAGCACUACCAGCCUCUCAUGGCGCUGCUCCUGGAGUCCGUGCGGGGGCCAGUGGAGGAGGACACUGCCAGCCCCCUGGCAGUGCUGGAGGAGGUGGCCUCAGGGGACUGCCGCAGGGACCUCGCGACCACACUGGUGAAGCUCUUUCUGGGCCAGGGCCUGGCUGGGCCCCUGCUGGACUACCUCACCCGGCGAGAGGUGGCUCGUACCAGAGACCCCAACACCCUCUUCCGCUCUAACUCCCUGGCUUCCAAGUCCAUGCAGCAGUUCAUGAAGCUCGUGGGCAUGCGCUACCUGCAUGAGGUCCUGAAACCAGUGGUCAGCCGGGUCUUCGAGGAGAGGAAGUACGUGGAGUUGGACCCAUGCAAGAUGGACCUGAGCCGGGCCAGGAGGAUCUCCUUCAAGGGCGCACCCUCGGAGGACCAGGUGCGGGAGAGCAGCCUGGGGCUGCUGACCGGCUACCUGGGGCCCAUCGUGGACGCCAUCGUGGGCUCCGUGGCGCGCUGCCCGCCCGCCAUGCGCCGCGCCUUCAAGCAGCUGCGCCUGUGCGUGGAGGAGCGCUUCCCGCAGGCCGAGCACCAGGACGUGAAGUACCUGGCCAUCAGCGGCUUCCUCUUCCUGCGGUUCUUCGCACCCGCCAUCCUCACGCCGAAGCUCUUUGACCUCCGGGACCAGCACGCCGACCCCCAGACCAGCCGCUCUCUGCUGCUGCUCGCCAAGGCCGUGCAGAGCAUUGGAAACCUGGGCCAGCAGCUGGGCCAGGGUAAGGAGCUGUGGAUGGCCCCCCUGCACCCCUUCCUGCUGCAGAGCAUCUCCCGUGUGCGAGCCUUCCUUGACGAGCUGGUGGAUGUGGAUGGGGAGGAGGAGGCUGGGGGCCCAGCCAGGGCCCUGGUCCCGCCCUCGGUGACACUUCGAGAAGGCUACCUGCUGAAGCGCAAGGAGGAGCCGGCAGGCCUGGCCACGCGCUUCGCCUUCAAGAAGCGCUACUUCCGGCUCAGCGGGGAGGACCUGUCCUACGCCAAGAGCCCGGAGUGCCAGGUGCGCUCCUCCAUCCCCGUGUCGCAUAUCCGCGCGGUGGAGCGCGUGGACGAGGGCGCCUUCCAGUUGCCCCACGUGAUGCAGGUGGUGACACAGGACGGAGCAGGGGCGCUGCACACCACCUACCUGCAGUGCAAGAAUGUGAACGAGCUGAAUCAGUGGCUGUCUGCGCUGCGCAAAGCCAGUGCCCCCAACCAGGACAAGCUGGCCGCCUGCCACCCUGGUGCCUUCCGCGGCGGGCGCUGGACCUGUUGCCUGCAGGCUGAGCGUCCAGCUGUGGGCUGCAGCCGCACACACUCGGCCGUCACCCUGGGGGACUGGAGUGACCCACUGGAUCCUGAUGCGGAGACCCAGAUGGUGUAUCGGCAGCUGCUUCUGGGGCGGGACCAGCUCAGGAUGAAAUUCCUGGAGGAUUCCCAUCUGGACACAGGCCUGGAGGCAGACACAGGCAGGGGACCCAGCGCCACUCACGGGACCUGCCCUGAGUUCCUGACUGGGCAGAGAGCAGCGGCUGCCCACCUGCUAGAGGUGCUCGCGGACCUGGAUCGAGCCCAUGAGGAGUUCCAGCGGCAGGGGCAGGUGGCCCCUGGCCCCCCGGGGCCUUAAGAAGUGCCAGAGCCAGUCCGGAAGGAGGAGCAAGGAGCCAGGGCCCCGCAGUGCACCCUGGCCCAGGAGUCCCCCGGUGGCUGUCCUGUGCCUCUUCAGUGCUGCUUUUUGGAGACUCUCAGAGACAUUUCUAGCCCUGUGGGCCCUGAGUGCAGACAGGCACAGCAGGCCUUUGGCAGAGGUCAGCCUUGUGCAGAAUGAACCAAACUCUUUGGGUUGAGUCGGACUAGAGUGAUAGCAGAAGGAACUCGACUUUUCUGAGCCUGGAAUCCAGCCUGAGCCUGGAGACUAGCCUCUCCCACACCUAGGAAGCCAGCCUUGCCCUGAGCUGCUGGAUACAGCUAUACCUGAAAUCCCAAUGCCCACGUGGCCUUGUUGCCCCAGAUGGGCUCAGCCCUUCCUGUUUUCACAUCUGCUAAUCCCUGUAACCUCGCUGUCCUCUGUAUAUUGUCCUUGGCUGAGGGCCCCAACCCCAGCUUCCAGAAUCAGGUCCCUCAGGAAGAACUGGGGCUGUGAGCCUGGUGUGUCAGAUUCAGAGCCUGAGAGACCUUGGGCCAGAGCCCCCUGUCUUUGAGCCUCAGUCUACCCUGGGUAAAAUGCAGAGGGAGGGAGCUGAGCUGUGCGGUAUUCAAUCUGGUUUCUGUCUGGGUCGCUCAGGGGCAGAGGAGGUCCAAAGUCCACCUCUUGGGCUGUUUGCUAGAAAUACAGAUUCCUGGGCC